AAUCCGGAGCGAGACGGAGCCCCGGGCGCCGCCGGAUCCGCCCCUCGCAUCCCGGCCCCCCGGCGUCCGCGCGCUCAGGCCCCAGCCCGAGGCCGACUGGAGGUGCUUGUGCGGCCCCAGCACCCAGCUCCGGAAAUGCCAGGGAUGCAGAUUGGGCAGAAUUUGUUUUCCCUUUGUAUCGCGUGAAAACGUGCCAGGUUCUGGUUGCUGGAACCGCCUAAAACAAGAACCCCUGGGAAGCCAGGGCGUGCUCACGGAUUUUCAAUUGAAGAUCCAUAAGGAAGUUUUACAAUAAAUUUGGAGACCUGAAACAAGCCCUGGCGGUUGGAACUUUUAUCAAGCAGAAAUGCAUCGAACAACCAGAAUCAAGAUCACUGAGCUAAAUCCCCACCUGAUGUGUGUGCUUUGUGGAGGGUACUUCAUUGAUGCCACAACCAUAAUAGAAUGUCUACAUUCCUUCUGUAAAACAUGUAUUGUACGUUACUUGGAGACCAGCAAGUAUUGUCCUAUCUGUGAUGUCCAAGUUCACAAAACCAGACCACUACUGAAUAUAAGGUCAGAUAAAACUCUCCAAGAUAUUGUAUACAAAUUAGUUCCAGGGCUUUUCAAAAAUGAAAUGAAAAGAAGAAGGGAUUUUUAUGCAGCUCAUCCUUCAGCUGAUGCUGCCAAUGGCUCUAACGAAGAUAGAGGAGAAGUUGCAGAUGAAGAUAAAAGAAUUAUAACUGAUGAUGAGAUAAUAAGCUUAUCCAUUGAAUUCUUUGACCAGAACAGAUUGGAUCGGAAAGUAAACAAAGACAAGGAGAAGCCUAAGGAGGAGGUAAAUGAUAAAAGAUACUUACGUUGCCCUGCAGCAAUGACUGUGAUGCACCUAAGAAAGUUUCUGAGAAGUAAAAUGGACAUACCUAAUACUUUCCAGAUUGAUGUCAUGUAUGAAGAGGAGCCUUUAAAGGAUUACUAUACACUAAUGGAUAUUGCUUACAUUUAUACCUGGAGACGGAAUGGUCCGCUUCCUUUGAAAUACAGAGUUCGACCUACUUGUAAAAGAAUGAAGAUCAGUCACCAGAGAGAUGGACUGACAAACGCUGGAGAACUGGAAAGUGACUCUGGGAGUGACAAGGCCAACAGCCCAGCAGGAGGCGUCCCCUCCACCUCUUCUUGUUUGCCGAGCCCCAGCACCCCGGUCCAGUCUCCCCACCCUCAGUUCCCUCACAUUUCCAGCACGAUGAAUGGAACCAGCAGCAGCCCCGGCGGUAACCACCAGCCUUCCUUUGCCAAUAGACCUCGAAAAUCGUCAGUCAAUGGGUCAUCAGCAACUUCUUCUGGUUGAUACCUGAGACUGUUAAGGAAAAAAAUUUUAAACCCCUGAUUUAUAUAGAUAUCUUCAUGCCAUUACAGCUUUAGAGAUGCUAAUCCAUGUGACUAUCGUCCAAUUUGCUUUCUUUUGUAGUGACAUUAAAUUUGGCUAUAAAAGAUGGACUAGAUGUGGGUAUUCAUAUGGACGUUAAUUGAAAAGAAAGAUUGUUCCUAUAAAGAAUUGGUUUCUGAGAAGGCAGGCAAGAUGUUUUUCUGUGUGUUAGGAAAGAUUGUGAAAUGGUUUCUGUAACCAUUGUUCAGAUUUUAAAAUACUCUGCAGUGGAUAUAAACAUUGGGCCAUAGUUUGUUAAUCUCAACUAAUGCCUACAUUACAUUCUCCUUGAUUGUUCUUGUUAUUAUGCUGUUUUGUGAACCUGUAGAAAACAAGUGCUUUUUAUCUUGAAACUCAACAAAUGGAAAGAAUAUGCAUAGAAUCCUGCAUUCUAUGUAGCCAUGUCACUGUGAAUAACGACUUCUUGCAUAUUUAGCCAUUUUGAUUCCUGUUUGAUUUUUACUUCUCUGUUGCUACACAAAACCGAUCAAAGGAAAGGAAACUUCAGUUUUACAAUCUGUAUGCCUAAAAGCGGGUACUACUACCGUUUAUUUUACUGACUUGUUUAAAUGAUUCGCUUUUGUAAGAAUCAGAUGGCAUUAUGCUUGUACAAUGCCAUAUUGGUAUAUGACAUAACAGGAAACAGUAUUGUAUGAUAUAUUUAUAAAUACUAUAAAGAAAAUAUUGUGUUUCAUGCAUUCAGAAAUGGUUGUUAAAAGUCUCCCCACUGGUUCGACCUCUGCAGAUACCCUAUGUUUGAGCCUUAUCAGCAUAGAACAUUUUUAAUGUGGAUCUCUACUCCUCAAUUCUGUUUCAUUGGAAGCAGCUGGCAAAUCACAAUACUGAUUUUCUCUAGUAGUACAUAUUUACUUUUUAAAUUCAUGGUUGCUGUCAAGAGAAACUUUUAACUAAGGAAUUUGGAAAUAGCUUCUUCAUUUCCCAUUGCUUUUGAUGAAAUGAAUGUGUUUUUAAAAUGUGUAUUGAUCACUAUAAUUAAACAAAUUUUUAAGUAAACCAGCAAAUUGCUGGAAGAAGGCAUUUUAUCUGAAAUUAUUUUAAUAUGUGGGAUAGCAGGAUUUUCAAAUUUAAGAGUUGCAUUUACAGCUAUGAACAAUGACCUAUGUCCUCUCUCCAUUGUCUUGAAAUAGAAGCAGUUUAUUUUUAGCUUCUACAGGUAUUAAUUUUUAAACAGAGUGAACAUGUUGAAUUUAAAAUAUGAAUAGCCCCAACAGUUCCCAGUUUGUGUUUUGCUUUGGUCGAACUUGGUGUGUGUUCAUCACCUAUCAGUUAUUUGUGAGGGUGUUUAUUCUAUACGAAUAUUGUUUCAUGUUUGUAUGGGAAAAUUGUAGCUAAACAUUUCAUUGUCCCCAGUCUGCAAAAGAAGCACAAUUCUAUUGCUUUGUCUUGCUUAUAGUCAUUAAAUCAUUACUUUUACAUAUAUUGCUGUUAUUUCUGCUUUCUUUAAAGAUACAGUAAAUGAAGUUUUAUGAAACCACAAAAUACAUAUAUUUUUAUUUUGACCUAAAUUUGUACAGUCCCAUUGUAAGUGUUGUUUCUAAUUAUAGAUGUAAAAUAAAAUUUCAUUUGUAAUGGGGAAAUUCCAAUAAAAAGGAUAUUCAUUUAGAAAAUAGCUAAGACUUUAAUAAAAAUUUGAUAUGAAAAGCACAAUGUGCAGAAGUUUUGGAAACCCUAUUGUGAAUUACACCAGGUAAAACUAAAGAGAAUCCAUUGCUGUCUUAAAUAGUGAUGUUGCUAAGAAGUACAUGCUUUGUUGUAUAAUAGCUUGAAAGCCCAAUUGAAAGAUGUAUCUGUUUAUUUACUCUACAAUCUUUGAAGUAAAAGUUACCCAUGUUUGCCAAUUUUGGUGAAUUUAACUCAUUUUUCUAGGCUUCUCAAGUGUUUCAUGAUGUUACCUAAGAAAGCAAAGUUAGUUAAUGGAAGUUUCAAAUGGUAUUUUUACUUUGGAUGAUCAUGUAUAUAAAGAAUGAAAAAAUAUUUUUCAAAGACUAAAAACUUCAAAUGCUAGUGGACCUGUUGCUUGACUUACACAAAAUCAAGUUGUGAAAUCAACAUGGAACUCAAAAGACUUUACAUCUCAACGUUUUUAUAAUGGACUUAUUUUUGGAAUUCCUUAUUAAAAUAUCAGAUAUUACA